UCUGAUUGACGUCUCUCACAGCCAAUCCAAAUAUUUCUGCAGCAACAUGAGUUUCCCGAAGUUUGGGAAACUGACCUGUGAAAUGGAGGUGACUUUGAGCAGCAGAUCAGGUGGAAUUUUAAACUCUUCAUUGUCCCAUCUGAAUAAAACCUCACUUAUUGCAGCUGCUGUCUCUGUUCCCCUGGUAAAUGUUUGACAGAGGUUUCGAGUGUGGGAACACUUCAUCCUUGGACACUUUCAAACUGGCCAGAGUGUGAUAUGGAUUCUCGGAUGUGUUUAACAACAGGGACACUCGAUGUGAGCAGGAACAGACAAUGUGGCUCCUUUCUUUCCACCUCAUCUGCCCAGACGAAUUGCACCGUACUACAUCAGAGAAUACAGCGAGGAUAUAUACCACAGAUCCUGAUCAUCACCCAAGGAACAACUGCUCAACUGUGGGAAGACAUCUAGUCCCUUCACAGCAUUGCUCAACACAGAAAGUUGGGCGGUAAAACCAUCAAUGUUUGGGUCAGGGGAGCUUUGAUAUAUUAUUAGAUCUGAAACUAGCUGCUCCAUCUGUCAGAACCAACCUUUCUGAAGGUUUGGCUAUGGGUGAUCGGUCAGGGUGAGGCUGGGAAGAAGUGAGUAGAAGUGAGCAGUGUGGUCGGAGCUUCAAACAUUAUCACACCUUACGUAUCACAGACUCAUUCCUAAAGCUGAGAGGUUGUUCGAAUGUGAGGAAGGUUCUGUAUGGUUAUAUGAUCUUCUUAUCCAGUAAGGUGCACCUAUUACAACCACUUUUAACACAUGGACAGCCACAUGGAAGAGAAACCAUUCAAGUGUGAGGUUUGUGAUAAAUCAUUUGUGACAUCCACAAGGCUCUUGAGACACCAGAUGAUUCACAGAGGAGAGAAGCCCUUCAGAUGUGAGGUUUGUGAGAAGGCUUUCACCCAAUCCUCCCACCUUCAACGACACCACAGGAUCCAUACGGGGCAGAAACCAUUUACAUGUGAGGUGUGUGACAAAUCAUUCCUGGAUUUAUCGAACCUACAUGCACACCAUCGUAUUCACACAGGGGAGAAACCAUUCAUUUGUGAGGUAUGUGAGAAAUCAUUCUCAGAUUCAUCAACGCUGCGCAAACAUCAGCGCAUUCACACAGGGGAAAAACCAUUCCUGUGUGAGGUGUGUGAGAAAUCAUUCUCACAAUCAUCGACAUUACGCACACAUCAACGUUACCACACAGGGGAGAAGCCAUUUACAUGCAAGGUGUGCGCAAAAUCGUUCUCGCAAUCAUCAAACCUCCGUACACACCAGCGCAUUCAUACAGGGCAGAAAACAUUCACGUGUGAGGUGUGUGACAAAUCAUUCUCAACUUCAGGGCAACUCUGCAGGCACCAACGAGAUCAUAGAGGGGAGAAACAGUUCAGGUAUUAGGUGAGCCAUAAUUUGUUCUCAAGAUCACCGAACCUCCUCCACUGGAUGAUCAACACAAGGCAAUACCUUACAAGUGUGUUGCUGCAGGAUAACUUCCAUUAUCUUCCAAACUUUGGGGUCACUACAGGAUUCACAGAUGGGAAAACCUCUUUAGCUGUGAUAUCUGUAACGAGGCUCACUCACUCCUCUGAUACCUUGAACCAUUGGUCUAUGUACAUAGGUGAGACAUGUCUUAGAUGUGAGGUUUUUGAUAAGGCUUUUACGAGGGUGGAUCACAGUUGUUUCUCAGGACAAAAUCCCAUCAUGAGUCAAUCAUUUAAUAAAGCCUUCAUACAACUGAAACAUUAGUGAAUCCAAGCCAUCCAGCCAAGUCCACACCCAAUCUAUCAUCCCAUGUGUGAACCAUGCACACAGUGUCACAGUGCAGGGUGUUCAGUGGGACUGGGACACAACAAGAAGCAGUUUUCACUCCCAUCAAACACCUACUGAUGACAUCACCAGUGCUGACAUUAUGAUGUCAGCACUGGAGCCACCCUGCAGUGUGAUGUCAGUGACACAGGGAGUGAGG